UUUUGUCGCCACGCUGAAACUCUUUCUUUCUCUCUCACUUCACCGCAUAAAGGAAAGGGAGAGCACAGACAUUAGGGUUUUAGCAUUUCCUCAAUUGUUAGGGCUUGGAUCACCCGGUCAGGGCUGUUGUAUAAAGAAAGAGAGGGAAAAUGGUUGCAGACAAGGGGAAGAAGAUGAAGGUAGCAGAGAAAGGGGAGGAGGACGACGACAAUUACCAAAUCGACGAAGCGCUUGUCCUUUCAAUCGAAAGGCUCCAGGAGAUCCAGGACGAUCUCGAAAAGAUCAAUGAAGAGGCAAGUGAUAAGGUCUUGGAAGUAGAGCAGAAGUAUAACGAGAUACGCAAGCCAGUCUAUGAUAAGCGGAAUGAGAUCAUCAAAACCAUUCCUGACUUUUGGUUAACUGCUUUUUUAAGUCAUCCUGUUCUUCAUACACUUCUAAAUGAAGAGGAUCAAAAGAUAUUCAAAUAUAUAAUCUCCUUGGAGGUGGAGGACUUUAAAGACGUUAAAUCUGGUUACUCCAUAACAUUUAACUUUCAACCCAACCCAUAUUUUGAGGAUACAAAGCUUACAAAAACUUUCACUUUCCUUGGUGAAGGAACAACAGAAAUUACUGCUACACUGAUUAAGUGGAAACAGGGCAUGGAAAUGCCGAAUGGAGUGAAUGAGAAGAAAGGGAACAAAAGACCUUUUAUUGAUGAAGGCUUCUUCGGUUGGUUUAGUAGUCCUGUGCGGAAAGAGACGGUGGAAAAUUAUCAGGAUGAGAUUGCAGAUGUUAUCAAAGAAGAUUUAUGGCCCAAUCCACUCUCUUAUUUCAACACUGAUCCUGAUGAUGAGGAGUUUGAAGGGGAUGAAGCUGAUGAAGGGGUUAAGAAUUGUGAUGACUCUGAAGAGGAUGACGAUGAGCAAGAAGACGACGAAGAUGAUGAUGCUGGUAUCUGACUGGUACCAUGUUCAGUAGGUGGUUUUCUGACGAUUUUUCUUAUCCAGUCAAGGCCAUUCGUUCUGUUCUACUGUGGUUUCCUCCCUGAUAUGCAGUUUUCUAGAUAAUUAUGGUAUGAUGUCCUUUUUAUAUCUUACAUCUCUUUCAAUCCUUGAUCAAAGAAAAAGUAGAAUCGUACCUUAUGGUGUAAAGUUGUUGGGUUAAGCCUCUUAUAUGCAUUCAAUUUACUAACAAACAAAUGACCUAUGCUGUUAUCAGUUUAAGCUUAUCAGGUUCUUUAGCUGUGGACUUGUUCAAAAAGUACUUUGUGUGUUGGAAUCCAUUUUUGUUCUUCGAGA